AUGUCGUCGUCGCAACCCAUUGCACGUGGAUCAGCGUCUCUUGAUUGGGAAGGCCACCGUCAUCUAAUCACUUCGCUGUACAUUGGAGAGGACAUGACACAAAAGGAUGUGGAAGCCUUCAUGAAAAGGCAUCAUCAGUUCCAUGCUACCAAGUUCAGCGAAUGGGGCUUAGAGAAGAAUCUCGAGAAAAAGGAUGUUCUUCAUGUUCUCCAGCAGGCCGACCUCGAGGACCUUCCGGGCUGUACACCAGUGCGGAUUCGGGAAAGGAAUGUUCCGCUGAAGAAACUGCGCCGACAUGUGAAGCGGAAUAAGGCUCUACAAGAAAAGCUCGCUGGCACGACUUCCUCUACCUACGAGACGGCAGCGGCCCCGGAUGGCUCGUCGACGAUGCGCGCUUGUACAAAGAUCCUGGAAUCUCAUAAGCAGACACAGAUGUCAAUGUACCUCGACCGGAGCCACCCUCGGUGUUGGCGAUGCCGCAUCCUUGGUCUCCAGUGUAGGGAUGAUGGGUCGGACUACCUGUGCUACGAAUGCCUUGAGACGGCUCUACAUACUUACGACGGUGCAAUGAUGGCCUUCUCCGACUGUAUCAGGAUCACCCUACUCGACGUUGACGUCUUCGACGAUGGCUUGUCAGAGGUAGAGCGUGUGUGUGGUCGGGCCGAAGCUGUUUACCCAGAACUUGACCACAUCACCCUGGAUUUCGACAUUAAAUGGGACCUUGACUAUCUGGUUCAGGAUACCUCAGGCUGGCUGAGCAAAGCUGUGCACUCCAACACUAGCAAGGUCGGCGCUUGUCAGCACCGGGCUUUCUCAACCUGA